AUGUCGGUGCAGAAAAUCAAAUCCAACAUGAAUGUUUUCGGUUCCGCCGUCCUGGACAAAAUUCGCCACCACCACCUGCAAUUUUCCAAUGAAGAUGAGAUCAUCUUGCACUAUCGAAAUGACAUCAAACAAUCCAUUUCUGGGUUAAAGUUUAUCGUAUCUCAAAUGCAUCGAUUAUCAAAAAAUCACUGGAACAAAUUAUUCAAAACAAACUUAAAAAUUUGCAAACAAUUCAUAGAUCUUAUUGGAGACAAUUCCUUGCAUUUUGAAGACAUAGAAAAGUAUUACCAUCAAUUUGAUGCGUGGCAGGCUGAAGAAACCGUGCCACUGGUGCACCCAAAGGAAAGACAGUUUUUGAUAGAAAGUGUAAAUCACCAAUUGAGAAACUAUCUGCUUACAAUACAACAGCUUCGUGACCGCGUGGUGGGGGAGUGGGACUACCAUGCUGAGUCGAUGAAAAUUCGAGUGGGGGAGAUGAUUGGGUAUCUCAAACUGAUUCUUCAGCUAAUCAAGAAACGCAACAAGAAGAAGUCCAAUUACGACAAAAUCCACAAUAAGGUGGAUAAACUCAUGAAAAAGACAACCGAGCUCGAACCCAAAGAACGCAAACAACUAGAAGCUUUGGACCACGAAUUGCUCGAAGCAGGUCGUAUAUUCACUCGGAUCGACGAGAAACUAAAGGCUAUACUUCCACACUCGUUAUCUCUUCUUGACGAGUUUGUGGAAAAUAUCACGAAAAUCACCUUCUGCAAGCAAUUGGAUCUCUACCAAGACAUAGACGCAUCGCUUCGUUACUUUGGUGAGUUCCAGGGCUUGUUAGAUACCAAAGAAAAAGCUCCACAUAUACCCCAAUUGGACAAAAUCGAAGACCUCUGGAACGAAGCGGUCACUCCUACUAGACUCCAGAUCGAGUCUUUUAUCUCCAUAAUCCACAACAAGCGCCCAGAACUUCUUGAUACCGAGAUCGACGACCAGGACAAAACCCUGAAACUUUCCAAUGCAUGGACCAAAGUCACCAACAAAGUAGUGGACAAGAACCACGUAGUCAAGGCAAAGGACGAGAAGAACGGAAUAUUCACCGAUUACUUGGAAGCAGACGCAUUGCAGUCUUUUGAAAAGUUCAACAAUCCCAAAUACAACAUUUCAGAAACCUACCAUCCUCACAAAAUCAUAAAAGCUGACGACAUAACUCCUCCACAAUCUGCCGUGGCUGCUCCUCCACUUCCUCCCAGGACCAAUACUGCUCGUAAGCUGGUUAUUCCUCAGUUUCACAAUGGUCCUCCUGUGCCUCGUCGUCAUAACUCACAAUGGUUUGUCCCAGCAGAUAACGAUUCGGAUUCGGACUCGGCCUCAAUUUCCUCAGCUUCUUCGAUUUCUUCCUUUUCUAGUGUUAGUUCUCUACCAACAGAGUCAACUAUGAGGGACGACGACUACAACAAGAAUGUUUCCAAGCUAUACAAUUCAGCAAAAAAUGAAAUCACAGAGGCCCCAAUUACAGCAGAGUUGCCUGAUUUAGGCCAUCAUAGAGUUCCAGCUAACAUCACCGAGCGAUUAUUUCUGCUUUCUGUGUACUUUGCAAAGCUAGUCGAUGCUGCUGACGGAACCACAAAAACAGCCAAGUUUGAUUUUGACGGUGUGGAGCCAGGCGAUCUCUCGUUCCGCAAAGGCGAUGUUGUUUCAAUUGCAUACGAUUUGGGAACUUCAAAGUGGCUCGUAGGGUACAUGAAAGGAAAGGACGAUAUGAGAGUUGGCUUUGUUCCCAGCAACUACUUUUAG